AAAGAGGGCGAGGGUUCGCUUUUCCCCCCUCCUUCCCCCCCGUCUGUCUUGGCCUUACUUGUUCCCCCCCAUUUUUUAUUAUUGAAACAAGACAAGCAUCAUGACUUCCAAGGCUGUUGGUAUCGAUUUGGGUACCACCUACUCUUGUGUCGGUGUAUGGCAAAACGACCGUGUCGAAAUCAUUGCCAACGACCAGGGUAACCGUACCACUCCCUCUUACGUUGGUUUCACCGACAGCGAGCGUUUGAUCGGUGAUGCCGCCAAGAACCAAGUCGCCAUGAACCCCAUCAACACCGUCUUCGACGCCAAGCGUUUGAUUGGGCGACGAUUUGCGGACGCCGAGGUGCAAUCUGACAUGAAGCACUGGCCCUUCAAGGUUGUCGACAAGGGUGGAAAGCCCUUCAUCCAGGUCGAGUUCAAGGGUGAGACCAAGACCUUCACCCCCGAAGAGAUUUCUUCCAUGGUCCUCCUUAAGAUGAAGGAGACCGCCGAGGCCUACCUCGGUGCUACCGUCAAGGAUGCCGUCGUCACCGUCCCCGCCUACUUCAACGACUCACAACGUCAGGCCACCAAGGACGCUGGUACCAUUUCUGGUUUGAACGUCCUCCGAAUCAUCAACGAACCUACUGCUGCCGCCAUUGCCUACGGUUUGGACAAGAAGACUUCGGGCGAGAAGAACGUCCUCAUCUUUGAUUUGGGUGGUGGUACAUUCGAUGUCUCUCUCCUUACCAUUGAGGAUGGUAUCUUUGAGGUUAAGGCUACCGCUGGUGACACACACUUGGGUGGUGAGGAUUUCGACAACCGUCUCGUGUCCCACUUCAGCGAGGAGUUCAAGCGCAAGUUCAAGAAGGAUCUGACAUCCAACCCCCGUGCCCUUCGUCGUCUCAGGACCGCUUGUGAGCGUGCCAAGCGUACCCUCUCCUCUGCCGCCCAGACCUCCAUCGAAAUCGACUCUCUCUUCGAGGGUAUCGACUUCUACACCUCCAUCACCCGUGCCCGUUUCGAGGAGCUCUGCCAAGACCUCUUCCGUUCCACCAUCGAGCCUGUCGAGAAGGUCCUCCGUGACUCCAAGAUUGACAAAUCUUCAGUCGAUGAGGUCGUCCUUGUCGGAGGUUCUACUCGUAUUCCCAAGGUGCAGAAGCUCAUUACAGACUUCUUCAACGGCAAGGAGCCCAACAAGUCUAUCAACCCCGAUGAGGCCGUUGCGUACGGUGCCGCUGUCCAAGCCGCCAUUCUCACUGGUGACACGUCCGAGAAGACCCAAGACCUUCUCUUGCUCGAUGUUGCUCCCCUCUCCCUCGGUAUCGAGACCGCUGGUGGUGUCAUGACUGCUCUCAUCAAGCGUAACACCACUGUUCCCACCAAAAAGUCCGAGACCUUCUCCACCUACGCGGACAACCAGCCCGGUGUGUUGAUUCAGGUGUACGAGGGUGAACGUGCUCGCACCAAGGACAACAACUUGCUCGGCAAGUUCGAGCUUACCGGUAUUCCCCCCGCUCCCCGUGGUGUCCCUCAAAUUGAGGUCACCUUUGACGUUGACGCCAACGGUAUCUUGAACGUCACCGCUGUCGACAAGACCACUGGUCGUUCCAACAAGAUCACCAUUACCAACGACAAGGGUCGUCUUUCCAAGGAGGAGAUUGAGCGCAUGGUUUCCGAGGCUGAGAAGUACAAGGCUGAGGAUGAGGCUGCCGCUGAGCGUAUCCAAGCAAAGAACGGACUCGAGUCAUACGCCUACAACCUCCGCAACACUCUUCAGGAUGAGAAGAUUGCCGGCAAGCUCGAGGCUGCUGACAAGACCAAGCUCGAGGCUGCCAUCGAUGAGGCCAUCAAGUGGUUGGACAGCAACCUUGAGGCUUCCAAGGAGGAGUACGAGCACAAGCAAAAAGACCUUGAGGGAGUUGCUAACCCCAUCAUGAUGAAGAUGUACGGUGCUGCGGGUGCACCAGGUGGUGCUGGUGGCUUCCCUGGCGGUGCUGCUCCAGGUGGAUUCCCAGGUGCCGGUGGUGAUGCUGGCCCCACAGUCGAGGAGGUCGACUAAACACAUAUAUGCCAACAUAGUCUAUAAGGGGUUGGGUUACGGUGUUAUUUGUGCGAAGAGCUAAUUUAGACGUUGUAUGGGCGAGAACGCAUUUGUUAAUGCUGGUGCUUUUAUGGCCCAGACUCGUCCAAACUGCGGGCUUUGAUGAUGCCCUUCGGAUAGUUUGCUUUAUUCAUUUUGCUUUUAGAUGGGGUGUUUGUGAAGGGGUUGGGUGGGGAUGCUUUUUGCAUUGGCACUCUUCGUGUACUUUACAGUUGGACAAACAGAAAGGAAUAUGUAUAUAUAACCCUCAACGAAUUGGAUUUGGUUUAAGGCA